AUGGGCGAGGAGUACGCGCGCUCCCCGUGCGAGCGCUUCCCGGCGGUGGGCGCGUUCAGCGUGGCGCCGCCGGAGCGGCUCAGCCCGCCGCCGCCCGCGCCGCUGCCGGACCGGUUCUCGGCGUCGCCGCGGCGGGUGCGCCGCAGCGCGGAGGCGGAGCGCGCGCGGCGGCCGCGCUACGUGCCGCCCGCGGCGCACGUGCCCGUGGAGCGCUACGUGCCGCGGCCGCCGGCGCCCGUGCGCCCGCCGCCGCCGGUGUACUGCGGGCUGGCGUGCCGGCCGCCGCCGCCUGCGCGCAAGUGCUGCGGACCCGCGUGCCGCGAGGACAUCGCCAGCUCGCCGCCACCGUCGCGCUACGUGGAGUACGUGGGCGCGGCGGCCGCCCGCCGGCUGGCCUGCACGCCGCCGCCGCCGCCGCCGCCCGCGCUGCAGCUGCCGUGCGAGCCGCAGGAGCCGCCGUGCUGCGUGCAGGCUCGCCGGCGCCCGCAACCUCCACAUGAUUGGCGUUCGAGCGCAGGUCUGCUGGCGCCGCAGCUCACCUGCCAGAGCUCACCAGGUCCACCAGCGCCAGCACCAACCAUCCCCCCACCAUCAUCACCACCGAGAAUAGUCUCCGCGCCGUCGCAACCCCAACCUCCCCCCGAGUCAAUACCACCCGCGCAAGAAGACGACGUGAGAUUGCGAAGGGCGCACACGAUCGCUGUGAGGGAUUAUUUGAAAAGGGAGACGCAGACGUUCUUUGGGGUCCAGAGGGACAAUGAGCGGGAACAGAGGAGGCUGUGGUUCGAGAGGCGGAGGAGGCACGCGGCGCGGGCGCUCGGCGACCUCCGGCCGGACCUGCCUCCUGACCACCACCCUGACGACGAUGAUAUUAGUAUGUACGGAGCAUCGGGUGCGGCACCAAGAGAGGCGCGGGGGCAAACGAGGGAGCGGCCCGACGUGCUACCAGCGCCGGCGCCGCUCGAGCCUCCCCCGCCUGUGCCGCCCCGCCCGGGGAAGGACAGUGUCGCGAGGCUCACACUCACCGGACUCUCUUAUGUUGUUACUGCGGUUACAAGACGGUCGCGUCAGUCGACGUCGGCGCAGUGGUCCCGUUCGUUUCGAUCGUCGCCGAGCGCUGCGCACGACGAAGCCGACGUCGACGACGUUUUCUUCGGCCCCCAGCCGCUGGCGUCGCCCCUCAACCAGCACCUAGACGACGUGGACACUGUCGAUGGAACCAAAGGAGCCCGGUCGCCUGUUGGGACUUCUAGCGUGGAGUAUAGAAGACCGGACAGAAGCGUGUCUUGGGGAGCUGGAGGCAUUCGUAUCCACACACCAAUGUUAGAACCUUUAGCAGACAAUUCAAAUAGAAGGCAGUUUGGAAUGGGGGUUGUUGGAAGAUUUUUCAGGCGAUCCCUUCGCAAAUCUGUGACAAACCAAGAGGAGGUGUCUCGGCAGUUGGACGAGAUGACAGACUACAGGCCGUACUUCACGUGGUGGGUGAGCACGGUGCAGACCCUGGUUCUGCUACUGUCCCUACUGUGCUACGGCUUCGGACCAGUCGGCUUCGGAAGGCAUACGCAUUCUGGACAAGUGCUGGUGAAAAGUCUUAGUUUACAGCAGGUUGAAUGGGAAGAACCAGCGUCGUUCUGGUUGGGACCACGGGCGGCAGACCUCAUACAUUUAGGAGCUAAGUUUGCGCCAUGCAUGCGGAAGGACGCGAGGAUAGCGAGGGCGAUAGCUGCUUCGGCUAGAAGAGAACGGGACACGGCGUGUUGCAUACGGAACGAUGACUCGGGCUGUGUGCAGUCAUCCAAGGCUGAUUGUUCGAUUAGAGGAUUAGUAUCAAAGAACACUAUAUCAACGUGGAAGAAAUGGUCUUCAGGUGAAUCCGGUCCAGGAGGUCGAAUAUCUGGUUCAGUCUGUGGAUUAGAUCCUAAAUUUUGCGAAGCGCCGCGGUCGAUAGCACCACACGAAUGGCCGGACGACAUAACAAAAUGGCCGAUCUGCCGCAAGUCAGUCAUCGACGGGUCGGCGGCGGCGGGCCGCGCGGGGCACGCCGCGGAGCACAUGGCCUGCGAAGUGAUCGGCCACCCGUGCUGUAUAGGGGUCCACGGGCAGUGUGUUAUCACUACGAGGGAGCACUGCGAUUUUGUUAAGGGUUAUUUUCACGAAGAAGCUUCGUUAUGUUCACAAGUGUCUUGUCUAGACGACGUCUGCGGAAUGUUACCGUUUAUGCGCCGGCGUCGUCCCGACCAACUGUAUCGUGCCUGGACGUCGUUGUUCGUUCACGCCGGCCUCUUGCACCUAGCGGCCACGUUGGCUCUCCAGUGGCUCUUCAUGAGGGACCUAGAGAAGAUGGCGGGCCCAUUGAGGAUAGCGUCUAUAUACCUCGGCAGCGGCGUCGCUGGCAACAUGGCUUCUUCGCUCUUCGAACCGUAUAGAGCUGAGGUCGGACCAGCGGGAUCUCACUUCGGUUUGUUAGCAUGUUUAAUAGUAGAAGUCAUCGGCGCCUGGCCGCUGCUGAGGCACCCGCGACGAGCGCUGCUAAAACUCAUAGGAAUCGCGAUAGCGCUGUUCCUACUGGGCCUUCUGCCUUGGAUCGACAAUUUCGCCCAUGUGUUCGGUUUCGUGUUCGGAUUCCUGCUCUCGUACGCGUUGCUCCCGUUCAUAAGUUUCGGUACAUACGAGAGGCGGCGGAAGAUUGUGCUAGUGUGGAUAUGUUUGGUGUCGGCCGCGGCGAUGAUGUGCGCGUUGAUUGCGUUGUUCUACGCGGCGCCGGCGUACGAGUGCGCGGCGUGUGCGUACUUCACGUGCUUGCCGUUCGCGCCGGACAUGUGCGCGUCGCAGGACGUGCGCGUGCGGCAGCUGGAUGGCGUAUGACGGCGCGCGGCCCGGGCGCCCCCGCCGCCGCCGCGUCCCCACCCCGCGCCCCUCGCGCGCCCCGCGCCAUCCCAGGCCUGCCGCCGCCGAGUGCAAUGAAGCGUUAACCAAUCGCGGGAACUUUGCUCGUCACAACACUCCUACGCGAUUUUUAAACUAAGGAACUACAUUGGUCUAAGGGUUCAUUUACACGACCAGCAACUGCUACCGACGAGUAGUCGCCAGCUGCCGUUGGCAACGUGCUGCUAGUCUGUGAUUGACAGUACGCCAUAUUAGAAAAGGUGAAAGUUUAUCAGCCCAUGCUCAUACUAUAGGUAAGAAACUGGAAUUUAUGCCGUGGUAGAUUUGGGAGGUUUUCGAGAGAAGGGAUUUUGCUUUUAAAAAUGACGGUUUAAGGUUACAUGCUAGCUCUUCUUUAGUAUUUUAGUCAAUUGCGAACGAUUUUAAAAUUAAAAUACUAAAGUAGUCCGAACUAGGCAUAAUGGGUACCUAUGUUCAGGGUAGGAACAUGAGCUAUAAAACUUUCAGCUUUUAUAGGACGAGGAAUGUCAGACCCAAAGAGAUUUACUCUGUGGGCAGUCUGAUUGAUGUAUUUAACUCUGAGACUUGACUGUCAGUCUGUUUUAUAGUUCCUUGUUUACAAAUCGCGUGGGUAUUAUUGCGACCUGCGCCCGCAAAACGCGCUGAAGCCUUAAGCCGCAUUAGAUCAGUUUUGUCUUCAAACGGUCGAGCACUGACGCACUGAUACCUCGUUCUUAUAAUAAUUUUAAGUACAAAACUUCGACUGUUAUCGUUGACAAUUGACUAGUUCGAAAUUGUAAAUUCUGUGUCAAAAUUAGUUUGUUUAUAGUGUGGUGGGAAAUGUUAAUAUUUUAAUGUGAGGGCAAAACUGAUUGGUGAUCGCGGCUAGAUACAUUCACUGCCAUUGCCGUCGUCUUGUGACCUCACAGUAUUAUAACACACAGUAGCGCUACUCUACAGGGUGCUCGGGAGUGUUUCCCAUAACUCUAGGGUUAUAUUCUUUAAGGCAAAUUAAUUACAUAUUUUUUAUUUUCGGAGUAAAAAAAUAUUCCUUUAUUAAAUAGAUCUUAAAUUGUGUCCCUUAUAUCGAUCCUUAUUAGCCAAACUUAUUCAUUGAUAAAUAUCAUGAAGUAGCUUACGAAGAAAGUGUGGAGUGCCAGUUGCAAUAUCUCGUCGAUAUUGACAAUCUUACCACUACGAUGACGUAUUUUAAAAUGCAAGGAUAGAUAAAGGCGUGUGUUACAUACAUGUAUAGUCGAAAUUAUUUGAAUUACUUUGUAUGAAAACAUAAAAAGUAUUUUUUUAGUUAUAAAAAAAUGUGGUAUUGUCAAUACCAUGAAAUUAUGGGAAAUAGUCCCGAGCACUCUGUAUAUCUCUGUUUUUAUAACUCGACAUUAUGAGACUCGAAGUUGUCUCUCUCUAUAGUAUUGUGUUAGACAGAGAGAGAGACAAAUUCAAAACUCAGACAGUCGAGUUAUAAAAACGUAUUUAGAGAAUAGCGCUACAGUCCGCGAUCGAUGCUCAAACAAUGUUGUUCGGCUGCAAUAAUUAGGACUUACGAGAUAUAUCAUGUCUUUAUCACGCAAGGCGGUUGGUCUCGUGAUUUAUGUUUUAUUGUAACUUUUUGGCGUAUUAUAUUUAUUGCGUUAUCUAUUUUAUAGUACGAUUCUUAGUAAACGUAUGUGGUGGAAAGAGUUCGAUUGAAAGCAUUAAAAUCAAACGAUUUUGGUGCUUUUAGUUGGAUGCCAUCUAACCAACCAUUAAAAUGUGAUAAAAAUACACACGGAAUGAAUAAUCCGUAAUUUGAUGCGUAAUGUUAUUUGUACAUACUAUGUAAAGUAUAUCUACUUUAGCAUGAUCCCAAGUAAGAUGUAUUUAUAUACAAAAUUGCGUUUCUUCUACCUGCCUUCUACGGGAAUAUAUGCCAUUGACAAAUUAAAAUGAGAGUGUUAUACAUAAUUUUUGGUAGUUAACGAUUUAUAAUUAAUUUAAUUAAUUUCACGAUGUAUCCAAUAUUUAUGUUUGUAAAUUGAGAAACAAAAUGAAUAUUAAAUAUUUUGUGUAAAGACAAUGAAUUUUGGCUGUGGUCUUAACUAUGACGCAUAGAAUGAAGUGGCAUUUCCCGUAAAAAGGCUUAUUACCUAUAAAAAUUUAGUAUAUUACUAAAUAAUGUAAAUAGCGUAAACGAAUAUUUGGUAAAAUGUAUUCGCUAUUAUUUCCAUUCAUUGAUAAAUUACUCCAGUGUAAUCUUUAAGUCUCACAUAUGAAUUUUAGUUACGUCAAUUUAUAUAGUUGUAUGAUGAAGUCUGCGUAGGUUAAAAUGGUUAAUUUGUAACGUAUGCUAGUAUAUUUCUAACUAUGUAUCAUUAGGACCGAUUUAUUUUAUUAAGAAGUAUUUCAUAUCGAUCGAGCAAUAAUCGUAGAGCGUAAGAUUUCAAGUAAUUAAACGUCGCAUUAACGUUAUACUCAGUGGCGUUAAGAAGGGUGGGCACUAUGUGAACAAAUUGUACAAAAGGGAAAAUUCCUUUUCCAAUACAGUUUCGUUCUGAGUCUUCAGGAUAGUUAUUGCAACUGCGAAGUUGAGUUGAUUGAGGGUCUAUGACCUUCGUGAUUUUAUGAAGUUUGACAACCUAUGCCUUUACCACUGGUAAGUAAGUACGGUAGGUGACUGUGGAGUUUGCAGAAUAAAAAAUCAAGUUAUAUGAGUCUCUAGCGAAUGGUUACUUUAUAGGUACGUGUCCAUCGAGUAAGGAAAUUAUUUUUCAGGAUUCUUCGUAGAAAAAAAUAAAAAUAAAAUUUGCUACCAAUCAAAGUCUAUACGAUCCAUACAUCUUAGUAGAAGCAUGUGCACAUAAUUUUUCAGCUUUUAUAAAAUGACGAAGACAUCACAGGCUCUUAGACAAUUAUCUUAGUUGUAUGAUUAACCAAACAUUAUGGUUUUAGAUAAGACCAAGGCAAACUCUUUGUUAUAGAGCGUAAUGUUUGCCAUGCUAAUUUCUUGCAGGCAUUGCCUUAUAUCUGCUUUCAUAAAAAAAAAGUCACGGGGCGUCAUUUUAAAACGAUAUUAAUUUUUAAAACUCGACAAUGUGAGUUUCGAAUUCGUGUCUAUAUCUCUAUCUAAAGUAUUAUAACCAAUAGAAGUUGAGAUGCAAUUGGAACUCUUAUUGUCAAGUAAUAAGAACAUCGUUACAGAAUAGCGCUACUGAUUCUCAACCUGUCACAAUAUCGGUUUUAAUCUAAGACGAAGUCCAGGAAAAUACAUUAAAGGAGUAAUGAAACAAACUCCAUUGUUAAUAAAUUAAUGUAACGCUGUUGUCACGUUUUUAAACUUGAAAAUUUACACUCGAGGCUCGGAACGAUAGAAGAAAAGGUUAAGAUUGUUGCAAGUGUCAAGUAUGUAUAGAUUGGGAAUGAUUUAUACCGAAUUUAUAAAUAAACUAGUCAUGCACUUUCAUUUUAAAUUAGAUAUAGUUUUGCAGAGACAAUUUGUAACUUACGAAAUUUGUUUAAAGCACAAACAUUUUUGAAAUAUUUUUCCUUUCGUUUAUACUGUAACGGUGUAGCUGAUAGGUAUCUGAUUUUAUUUUAUGUAAAUAUUACAAUUAACGUCAAACAAGGGAACUGAAUGUGUAUUGAAAAAAAAGACGCGAAAUAGUAUUCGAUCCAAUAGUUUAAUUUUGCGCUUCUUCGUUGACCGCAUCCAGUCUAACUUUGUUAACAUCUUAAUGUCUUGAUAUAUGAGAUUGUUGAGAGCUAUUAUGUAGACAGAUGGAUUCACACUUCACUAUGCCUUAUUGGGUGUCUGGCAAGUUCGUUGAUGACACUCCCAUGAUAUGCGGGCGACGGGGGGAAAGAAUGCGCGGGUGUGAAAUCAAGCGUGCGGGGUAGUGAGGUCCAUCAGUCAUGGAUUUUUCAUUCAUCGCCAAUUCACCACACGCCCCCCGGCCCGCGCGGACCAUCAGGAGUGUUACGAACGAAUUUGCCAAGCUAUAGUUGAGAUCUAUUGGUAAUAUUAUCUAAGAAUUUUCUUAUUUAAGUGCCAUUUCUUCAAUAGGUCUUGACACUAUUGUGGCUAACCUAACUUUAAAGGCGGCAGGCAGCUCGAAACAACGAUCUUGUAAACUCACCUUACCACUACCUAACCUUAACUUUCGGAGACUUUAGAACCAGAAGUAACGUCGUUUGUCAGGUCAUUGGCUUCAUUGGGUUUUGCCCAAUGAAAAUACCAAUUGGUAUAUUAUUCGCGAUCAUCCAAUACUUGUUCACGCGCAAUGUGUAUCUGACAUGCUGAAGUUUGUUCUAGAUUGUAUCUGUACAUAUGAAUAUGUUCAGAUACAAUCUAACCCUGUUGAUUUCUGUACGGUGUAGCUAAAAUGUCGAAGUUAUUGAUCCAUGAUCUACAAUACCUACUUAAUAUAUGAUCAAACGAACUUCUCAAGUGAAGUUCGAUAAUUAUUAUAUGAAUCGCUUCAUUUGAAUAUAUAAUCCCUCCCAUAGCAGCAGUUUGCUAACCCUAAUAUGAAAAGUUUUUCUAUGUACACUCUAAAAAUAAUGAGCAAUGGUGACGCGCCCCACCACAAGUCAGUGGUGGUAGGGGUGGUAGGGCGGUUACAAAUAAACUUCAGUUGAGUCAGUUAACCUGUAAGUUAAGGGGAAUACCUGGUGAAUAUUUAUAUCUGAAAAAUGAAGCAAUGAAAUAUAAUUUAAGUUGUUAAACAAACUAUGAAAACAGUAUGAUUGUGCAGUUUAUUGCGUUUUGAUAAUAUUAUUUAUUACAACGAGUAGAAGAGUUAUGAGUUUUAUUAUCUCAGUCAAAUGUUCAAACUAUUCUUACCAAUUUUCUUUAGCGCACAAAAAAUACGAAUAAGAUUUUUGAUUAACGCAUGUAAAAGGAACUUUAGCUCAAAUUUUAUAACAAAAGAAGAUAUUAUUUAACAACAACAAUAAAUAAUUACAUCUAAACACUAAUCAACGAUUAAUAAAUUGUAUUUGAUGGUUGGUAAAAUGAUGAACGAUGAAGAUUGAAAUUCGAAUAAUUCGAAUUGUUUUGAAUACCCGUACAAAAGUGCAUGUGGGGUAGAUGAAAAAAAAAGAAAGUCCCAUACAGCUAGGCUACUCUGUAACGAUAUUUUUAUAACUCGCAAGUGCGAGUUUCAAAUUCACCUCUAUCUCUCUCAGUUUAACACUAUACUAUAGAAUGAGAAAGAUAGCGGUGAACUCGAAACUCGCACUUGCGAGUUAUAAAAACAUCGUUAGAGAAUAGCCGCGAUGAACUGAUCGUGCAACUGAAGCUGUUUCCAAUGUUGUACACAUUUCUGCUUUAUUUUUAUGUAAUUUGUUUUAUAUCUUACAUCUAUCUGUAUUGGCUAAACCAUAUUUUAUAGAAUUUCGUUACAAUACACAACUAACCAAUUUACAAACCAAAACGAGAUUUUAAAAUUUAGAAAAAGUAUCACAGCUUUGAAUUGACUUCUUUACUCAUGAGUAUGAUCUCAAAAGCGUCCUGGAAAAUAAAUGUGCUUUAUCGAAAAUAUUUAUCGAAGAUAUUUUACAUGUAUGUUUGAGUACUUUCUUUCUAAUGAUCUAUUGUGAUUUGGUCAGUACUUUUAAAAUAUUAAACUUAAGCCCCCAUUCGCACGAGCGUUUUUUUUUAACGGGUGUUAAAAAAGCGUUCAAAAGUUAAAUGAAAAUCUACGACUAUUUCCCUCGCCCAAAAUAAUUGAAAAUGCAACACAGCUUAAAAGCGUCGCGUUUUUAAAACGUUGACGUGUGAACAUAAACUUGGGAAUGCAUUUGUUCUAUUUGAAUGCUUUCGUCGUCGCGUCCGUUAAAAAGCGUUCGUGCGAAUGAGGGCUAAUCAGAUGCAGCUAUCAAAGAAAUAAUGAACUGAUUGACUAAAGAUAUCUGUAAUUUAUUAGCACCGGCGCUGAAGGUUGAUUUACCAAAAAUGCACGAAACUUUAGAAGUUGCUUAGCAUGAGAGACACGUUAAUCUUAGGUACAUGAAUCUUUUUUUUUAAUAAUAUUUGCCAUAUUUUUUAUAAUAUGACCAAUAUUCCCAUUCCCCUCUAACUAGUCGGGAAAGACUGUGCUGUGUGUGACUGUGUGUAGUGUUGGUCUAUUGUCGUACCCAUUCCUAGUGGGUACGACAAUAGACCAACGGGGCGGGGAUCGAACCAGCACCCCUCGGUGAUGAGUCCAACCGCUCUUACAGAACUUUAGUUGACCAGUCCUUUUAAUUUUCUAGGUUUUUAUUCUAGUGAUUAUUUGUGUAUUGUACAAAUUCUCUUACCACUAAUAAUAAUAAUUAAUUAGAGAAAUAUUGUACUUUUAUUUGCAUAAAAUAUGUACUUUAAACGAAUUUUGCGAUUAUUCCAUAGUAACUGUAAGUGCCACAAUCUUUAUAAUUAUCUAUGAUUGUUACCAAUUAUUUAAGUAGUCGAUAUUUAAUUAUAGAUAUUUUGUAAAAGGCGUUCGAAUUCUUUCUAUCAGAAGUACCUACUUGCGAAUAAAAUAAUUCACAUGUACCUAUUUCAAAAUGUUGCGGUUUAAAAAAAUAAUGUUGUAAAUGUGCGUAUUUUUAUACUAAAGAAUAAAAAAAAGCAAUGAAACAAAAUGUGUCGUGUUCGCGUGAUGUGUGUUUUGAAUAAAGUUAUUUUUUUUUAAUUUUUUUUUAAUAUAAUUUCAGCGAUGUUAUCUCAAAGUGCCCUUGCGGUCGGCGGCCCGGCGGACUGUUUUCAGAAUUUAACUUUAAGAUGAACAUUAGUAGAUUGAGAGCUUGUGGUGGCCAGACCUUUGCGAUUUUAUAAAAGUUGAAAGUUUGCCUGCCCAUGCUGCUAACACAGAUAAGUAUAGUAGACAACUAUGGAGUUUAGAUCGUGGUAGCAUUAGCUGGUAGCAGUAUUCAAAGUACGCACCAGAAUCUCAAUUGUCAAAAUAAAGCGUAUUUUUUAUAUUUUCCUCUUCAUGAUAUUAUGUCAAGUUGCCAGUCACUAAGCAUCGUAGCAGCGAUACGAAAAACCCUGUUAAAGAAUAAACUUUAAGGAUAAGUACUUAAGGGUUGCCAUGAAGCGUCGGGUGAAUGUGGCCAUGAUUUUUCAUCACAUGCGAAAAAAAUUAGUUUCAUUUAUUUAUUUUUGUUAUUUUAUUUAAAUUAAUAAUAACAUAUAAUGAUACAAGUAAAAGGUACAUAGAUAAACUUUUCUGUUUUUCUGCGCCCUACUCUGCGCCGUUAACAAUGUUAAAUCUACUACAUAAAAAUAAUGAAAACAAACUAAUUUUUCAAUAAAAAAUCAUAAAAACACUGUAAAACAUAUUAGAACAAUAGUUAAAAAAACUAAAACAGAAACGGUGGGUAAGUAUGAAGUGAAUGACAUCGGAGUGAUACUUUGACAAUUGAAAGUCUGGACCCUUGGUUUUAGGGUUACCUAACCACGCCCUCACGAUCCAACAUCACAGUUGCAUUAUACUUACGUAUGUUAUGAGCAUGAGCUGAGAAACUUUUAGCUUUUAUAAAACGUCGAUGGUCUGGCCACCUCAGGAUCUUAGUCCAUAAUGGCAUUUGACAUCUUCUGAUCGACAAAAGUUCAACAGACUAUUUGUAUUGAAUAGCCUAGUAAUGUAAAAUUUGUUUUUUUAUUAUUUUUUUAACACUCUCAUUGAUAAGAUCAACUAACUUUUGUUAGUUAUACAUCUGAGGAACUUGGUCCGUUCGAGAGAUGUGAAAUGCCACGUUUAAAAAUAAAUACUGUACAUUGUGAACAUACAAGUAAUUGAUAUUCUAAUACAUAAGGAAAUGGUAAAGUAAUCUUAUUGUAAACUAGCAUUAAUCGAACAAGAAACCUUAUUAUCAUAAUA